URUUUAGAACUAUUGACAAUUUUAAAAGCAUUUAUUAACGAUAUUUCUCUUGGGUACAUGGUAUUUCCUACAUAAAUAUAUCUAUUUUAUGCCUUCAAUAUAAUUCCCAAAAUUCUUGCYGGUUGAAGCGCUGAAUAUGCUUUGACAAUAAGUGAAUUAUASAAUGGCGGAUGAUCAGGAUGAAGCAUCAUCUGUACCCCCUGUCAUAAUAAGUAUUCCAUCAGCAUCCAGCUCUGUCCAAGAAAGUAUUGAGGAUUCAAGAAAAGUUCAUCAUGGUUCAUCAUCAGAAGAUUCUAGUAGUGAUGCAGAAGAUACUUCUGAUAAGCCUGAAGUUUUACUUAAAAGAACAAGAAAGAUAGCCAGACAUUCUACCAAUGAAGAGUCAGUAAGGGAACGUAUCAGAUGUGUUGCUCUAGCAAGGAUUGUACAUGGUGACUGUCACUGGCAGCUCGCAAAGGCUUAUUCAAAACUAGCACAAGCAUAUCUUAAUGCAGGAAUGGAAUUGCAAGCACUAGGCCAUGCUGGGAAUGCGAGAGAUAUUCUUGUUGCAUCAGAUGCCAUCUCGUACCAAGGGAGACAAAAUUAUGACCGACGAGAUGUCAUUCCWGUCAUUGAGAGAACAUAUCUUAUAAUGGGACAAGCUUACUUGAUGCUAAAACAGUAUAAAAAGGCAGAAAAUACCUUGAAGAAAGCCCAACUUGUAUCUAGUGAGAGAAGCUCACUCAGUAAAGAAUAUCGUCACCCUGAAAGAGCUGUCAAGAUUGAUGUUUCAUUGGGGAAGGCAGCACUAAAACUGGGWAAAGCAGGAUUUGCACUGGAGUCUUUUGAAAAGGCACUGGAGCUUGCGCAGGAAAAGUUUGGCAAUAAAAGUAAACGAUUAAUUCCAAUCUAUCAAAAUAUUGGUCAAGCUGAGAUGCUUCAGGGAAUGGAUGUAACCAGUAAAGAAAGAGCACUAGACUCUUAUUUAAAGGCACAUGCUAUCGCUAAAGAAAGAUAUGAGGAUGAUUCAAUUGAGGUACUAGCAGAUUCAUCAAUGGCUGUUGCUGGUGUAUAUUGUUUGUUUGAUGAUGACUACCAACAAAGUAAAGCACAACAACAUUUACAAGCCGCUUAUGAUAUAUACAAUACGAUUGAAGGUCCUUAUUCCGCAAGGACCAUCAAAGCACAGGAAGAACUUUGUCACUUGUUAAUCAGAAACAACUCCAUAGAAGAAUCCAUCAAACUGUUGAAAAGUCUGUUAUCAUCAAAGUUGGCUGCAUUUGGCGAUCCAAGUGUAGAGGCUGCCAAUGUUCAUCAUUUACUUGGAAGUAUUUACCUAAAGAAAGGCAAGAUAGACUCUGCCCUUCAACAUCUAAAGUCAUGUAAAGCCAUGUUAACAUGUGCACUGGGACCAAACCAUAGGAAGACCAAGAAGAUACAAGCUACAAUGGAUUUCAUUAAAAGGGCUCCGACUGCAAAGAGUUUUGCCUCAUCAGAAGAAAAGCUCAAAGAGCGACCAAGGUUUUCUCAGGUUGUUGGACGAUCAAAGCCAUUAGGAUCAAAAGGAAUCAUAGCUGAUUGACAAGGAUCAAUCAUAGCUGAUUGACAAGGAUCACUAAAUGGGUAUCAUUAAACAAAAUAUUUAUACCAUAAAGAUUUUAAUAUUUCAAUAUUUAUUGCAAUUAUUUAUAAAGUCACCAAAAUAUAACCACACUCUAUAACACAAAGUAAUGAAUGAUAAUCAUGGCAUUAAGUAGAGUUAUUUGUCUUAUAAUUAUGAAAGGAAAUUUAAAGUUAAAAGUGACUCUCUCUAAACUGAUUUCAUCAAACAUAAUAAUUUUUACAUUAUCAUAAUUUCACACGAUAUAAGAUUAAAAACUUCAUUGUCCCAGAAAAUGUAAAUAUUUUUAAUCAGAUUUACUUCCAGUCUAAAUCUUCAGAGAAUGAUUUUUGCAUGAAAUUGUUUAUUUUUUGUCACGUUUAUUACUUACGAAUCGUAGUCUAAUAUUGUCAGUGUCUUAAGGUCAUUAAGGGUCAUUUAAGACUGGUAAUUAUUGUAAUGUUAUGCAUAAGAUGGCAAUAAUAAUUAUUGCAACACAAAAUUAUUACAACACAAAAUAUUAGAAUUACAAAUGAAUUACAUAAUUAUUGUGUAAUUCAUUCGUAAUUCUAAUAUUUUGUGUUGUGUGACAAUAAUUUGUUGUUAUCAAGUGUUUCGAAUCAUUAUCAACACAUUAGUUUGAUAUUAUUCCUACUGAUGGAUCAAAAUUGACAUAAAAAAUGGUAAAGUAAACUACUUGUACUUCUAAUAACUUAAAUGUUUGAUACCUAUGUAUAAGGAAAAUAUUUUAAGUCUAAAUAAGAAACUCUACAUCUUACUAUCAGAGUCUAAUGUAUUGAAAGAAAAAACAAACUCUAAUGACACUAGGCCCAUUUCCACAAUCUUAAUCAAUCAUUUUUCUCUUCAUAGAAGGAGUCAAUAACCAGUAUUUUAUGGAYGUAAUACUAACGUUAAAGGAAAUAAUAAAACAGAGGGCUUUGCACAAAUUAUUGCUAUUUUGGUAAUGAUAUUUUUUUCAAMUUAAUGUGUACAAUAAUUAUGUAUAAUCGUUGUUGAAGUGGGCCCAGUUAAUAGUCUGAUACAAUUAUUUUAUUAUAAUACUGUCUGGUAAGUGUUUAUAUUCUUUGUAGUUUUCUGCUGGUGCCAAUAAAUAGACAUCUGGUAAUUUAGCACAAGUACAGGUUUCAUGCAUGCAUAUUUUAASCAUAUUAUGGACUGCCAGCAGUCCUACUUUAGUUGUUUGCCAUCACUUUGCUUAAAGCCAACAAAUUAUUAAAUUUUGGAAGACCAAGUUACAAAUGAAAUCCUUUUGUAAAAAAAAAACAGUUCAGUGAUCAAUUUUUUUGCAGUGUAGAUCAAGAAAUUACAGCCAAAACGUGUGUUAUGUUUUUUUAAUCCAGAUUAAAGUGUGGAACACACUGAAAGUCCCUACUUUCAGUUGCUUGCUCUAUUUUACACCAUGAAUGAUUCAAAACAGUGAUAUAGCUCAAACAAGUUAACGAGCAUAGUUAAUUCUAUUUGACUCUAACAUCAUUUGAUUUACACUGUAAAAUAUUGUAAUAAUACCAGCACCUUAUAAUGUGUAAUGUCUUGGUACUACAUUAUCUUCAAUGUAGGAUCAAUUAUGCUGCAUUUUUGCAUGCAUCUAACAAGAUGAUAGAMGAUUGUUGGCUGUGAGGUGUCUUAUACAAGAUGGCAGAUUUUGGACAUGUUAAGGCAGUCAACAAUCUACCAAUUAUAUUUAACUAUACUGGUUCCAUUUACUAGUCUAUCCUUCUAUCUAUUCAUUUUCUUAUAUAAAAGUUGUCACCARCAAUAGGCCAGAGGCCAUUCCAUGUUCAAAAUGCCCAAUAAAAAUCUAAUCAAAUCUAGUGAAAGUCUUAACAAAUCUCUCUCUAUAAAUAGCAUUUUCCCAGGGUCUUGGAAUGGYACAUUAUCUUAUAUUCAAUUUUUUUUCUUUUGUGCAGURGCAGGAUCUUUUGUAAAGCAGUAUUGUUUUGCAAAGUUGUUGAUUCUAAGAGAGAGGUGUAUGUAAACUAUACAGCAGGCUUUCACUUAGUACAGAACAACAGUUCCAGAUAAACAUUGAACCAUUCAAUAACUUAACCAGCUAUGGUUUUAAACUAAUAAAUUUAGUUGUAUUGUCUUUGUUUAUAUUGCUGAUCUCAGCAGCUGUCGCAUUUUGAAUUAAAAUUGUAAUAAUUGUA